AUGUCCAAAGAGGGUGAAUCCCCUGAGGAAGAGAAAACAAAAAUGAUCUGCGGAUUUCUACACCAGGCCCCUCCGAAUGAAUUCAAUGACAUCUUUGAAGAUCUCCGCAUUCUGGUUAUGGAUGAUCAGUUGAUGAGGACUGAAGCCGCUCACGAGUGCGCCAAUCACAACAGGAAGAACUUCAAAGCGGUGAAAUUACUAAGUGGAAAUUCUCUGGUGACUCACUACAAUGAUCUCAAAGGAAACCGCUUCUUUGAUCCACAGAGCACGUUUUCGUUCAGAUAUGAUCACCUGACUGGAAGGACGGAUAAAUUUUUGCUACAAGGCACCAUAGGAGAUGACGCAGAGUUAUGGAGAUCAACCCUUAAUGCUGCUUUAAACACGUACAUGAAGAAUUACUUCUCUUCAGGGACUUGCUGUGUUUUCCGAAAAGACCUCAAGAGCAACCCUUACUUUGUGGUGUGCCUAGAAGGCCAUCAGUUUCGGACUUCAGAAUUUAAUGGCCUCUGGACAUCAGAGUGGACAUUUGCCUUCACUCCGCCAACGACAGAGGUCACGGGGAACUAUCGGCUGCAGAUACACUAUUUCAGGAAAGCUAACUGGCAUCUGGCAGUAGACAAAACAGUGCAGAGGUCCGUGUCCUUAAUUAACCGUGUCCAAUUUGCCAUGGCAUUUACCCAAUUAAUUGAGGCCGAAGACAAUGAAUUUCAAAUGGGUUUAGAGGGAAACCUCCAGGAAUUGUCAGUCGAUCUAUGGAAAACACUGCGGAGAAGGAUUCCCAUCACUCGUACUGUCAUUGGCUGGGAUAAACUGCUGAGUAAAGAGAGUACCAAGGUGAAGGGGUUUGAAAGCAGUGUAUCAUUAAGCAUGCUGAAGGUUCUGACAUGA